ACACUCAUCAAAGUGUCCUGGCUUUCAAAAGCUAAAAGUGAAAGAGCCACUGGGCGUGCAAACAAGUCAGUGUCCAACUCAGCAGUCACUGGAAGCUGCAACACCGUUGUGGAGGUGGUUGGCAAGAGAGGCACCAAGAGGAAGGUCGCCGCUGCUGAUGGAGGACCGAGCAGUAAGAGGAGGAGGAGGCUGGACACAGAGUCCAGAGAGUCUGUAGGAAGCUGCAACACCGUUGUGGAGGUGGUUGGCAAGAGAGGCACCAAGAGGAAGGUCGCCGCUGCUGAUGGAGGACCGAGCAGUAAGAGGAAGAGGAGGCUGGACACAGAGGACAGAGAGAACCAGGGAAAAACCCAACAAGAAGAAUUUGAGGCUAAAUACCAACAGCUGGGGAAGCUCAACGAAGGAGGAUGUGGAUCUGUGUUUGCUGGACACCGCCGAGCAGAUAACCUCCCUGUUGCCAUCAAACACGUCCCCGACAGAUACAUCUACUGCAAACACGUGGACAACGAUGGGAAGCAGAUCUCCAUAGAGGUCGCCGUCAUGUUAAAGCUGGCGGCCGACUCAGACGGAACAUCGCCACACAUUCGCAUGCUGGACUGGUACAAGUUGGACAAGGAGCUGAUCCUGGUGCUGGAGAGGCCGAUGCCUGCCGUCGAUUUCUAUAACUAUCUCAGGCGAAAAGGAGGAUUCUUGAGAGAAGAAGCAGCCAAGGUCAUAAUCAGCCAGCUUGUCGAUGGAGCGAUUGAUCUCAAAAACAAGAACAUUUUCCACCGUGACAUAAAGCCAGAGAACAUGCUAAUUGAGACGAGCUCGGACGUGCCGCGAGUUCGCCUCAUCGACUUCGGCUUGAGCAGCUUCGACGAGAGUGACACAUCUUACAAGACCUUCUACGGUACUCUGGUCACCCCAGAGGUUUUCCGGAAAAUGAGGUACAGAGCCGGACCCACCACAGUGUACCAGAUCGGAGCAGUCGCUUUUAAGGCCCUGGCCUCAGAGAACUGUUUCAACAGGGUGAGGUUGUUGAAGAGGAAUCAGCAAAUACCCAAAUUCAUCUCCAAGACUUGCAAGAACUUCAUCCAGACGUGUUUGAGUGUCGACCCUGACGACCGUCCCACCGUGGAGCAGCUCAGGGUCCACCCAUGGCUCAAAUAAGUCCCCCUCCCCCAUGGCUCAAACAAGUCCACCCCCCCACGGCUCAAAUAAGUCCCCCUCCCCCAUGGCUCAAACAAGUCCACCCCCCCACGGCUGCAGCAGCAGCAGCAGCAGCACAAGCAGCAGAAGAAGAAAAAGAAGAAUUUUAAACCGUUGUUCUUGUCAUUUACUUUCGCAAAGUUUGCGAGCAGUUAUCAAAUAAAUUGCGUGUGGUUGGUUGUACCAAAAGCACAAAAUAAAAAGUUAAGUGG